CCACGUUCAUCAAAAACAAAAUUUCAUCCAAAAGCACUGAUUGCUCCGGCAGAGCUAUGGCUUACGGAUUCCAAAUGGACGGCAUAACUCCUUAUAUGGGCAGCGAUUUUGAGGUGAAUCCAACCCUCUAUGAACCUUGGGCAGAUAGCGAGCAAAUGGAGGAUUUUCUGAUCGAGAAGCUUGUAGGCCGAGUAAUAUUAGCAAGUAUUCAGGACAAAGGUUAUGGAAUCACUAGUGAAGAAGACGGCCGACUGAUGACACAUGAGGAGGCCUCUAACGAUCUCAAAAGAAUCCAGUCUCCUAGCAACAAUAAACAACGGAACGCGCACAAUCAAAAACAGGAAAAAAGAUCAAAGAAAGGAAGAAAAGAAGAAAAGGAAUGCGGCGUCACCAUAAAAACUCCCCAUCCAAUUUAUCCACGUCUAAAUUUAUCACUACCCAAUUUCAGGUAUAUGGUGAUUAGUGAGGUGGAGUCCCGUGCGCGCGCAGUUCACGAUUACUACGCCCAUCAGUGGUAUGGAGUAAUGGAGGACAGGGUCCGUAGGUACGCAGACCUCAUCAGAAGUUUAGAGAGAGAAAAAAGACUGGAGGAAAAAUUACAACAAGCCUUAGACGAAAUUCAUCAACAGCAGAAGGAAAACGAGAUCCUCAAGACUGAGAUUGAAAAUAUAAAGAAGUCAAGGAAACAGAGAAGAAAGGACGCGAAAUUGCGAAGAAUAAGAGAUUUACACGGGGAAGGUGAACUAACCGAUCUAAUGAUGGAUGAUCAGAAAGAAGAGAAACAUCACGAAGGAGAAGUAACGUGUAAAGAUAGAAAUAAAGAUAAAGCAUACAAUCAGCAAAAGGGGGUCGGGAAUGAAAAUGGGGGAGUGGGGGAGGGCUCAAAGAAGAAGAAGAAAAAUCGUAAACGAAGAAAGAGUAGAGCGGAAACAAAUGGUGGAUCAGGGUCAGAUUUAUUAGACCCCCGUGUAGAAAGUACAGAAAAGGCUAACAUAUGUAAUAAGAACCAGCAAUAUGAUGUCAGGAAACCGGAAAUCGAUUCGUUGAUGGAGACUGUCAUCAAAAAUAAUAAUAAAGAAAACAGAGGAUUAGAAAGUGAAAAAUCACGGUCCGUUGGACCUGAGAAAGAGUUGGCCACCAGAGACCAAAAAUGCAGUUCAGAGCAACUAAAGACAAUGGAGGCUGUUAUUAGUAAGAUGAUAGAAAAACUGUCUAAAACGACAGUGACAGGAAGAGUGAACGACGAGGAGAAAGAGGGAACAUUUUACUCAGGGGAACCUGUUCAAGCCACUUUUGAGAAGUCAGAAAGUAAACCGAAAGGUCUAUGUACUUCAAAGAAAUUGCAAACCGGAAAUGGAGAUGAAAAUGCCACAGAGGCAGGAAAUGUGGAUGAAAAUAUGGCGACUGCGUUGUAUGAGUGAUAAUGAAUUUAACGGAUUUUUUUCUAUAGUGUAUUGCUGCUGCUUUAUAGAACAAAAGAUUUUUUUAAAUCAAGUAAUAUAUUUCUCUAAGUGUAUAAUUUAAUUAAUUCAUUUGAUCAUCCUUUUAAUCACUUUUUUCAUUCCUUGCUUAAUUUCAACUAAGGAAAUGUAUAAAGUUUAUAAUGGUUCUAAGUUAAUAAAAUAAUUUUCGAUGAUUCUGUAGGCAUUUAUUUUUAUGUAGGCGUUCCCUUUAGAUGUGACGUUACGUUAUAUCGCUGUGACGUCACAAGUUACAUUUUAUUGAAAAAUGUAAUUACCUUUUUUAUAUUGAAAAAUGCAAUAACCUUUAGUAUAUAUAGAAAUUGCCCAACAAUAUUUGAAUUAAACUAACAAGUUUCAAUUUUU